AUGGUUGAAAGACAUGCUCAUCAGCCCAACGGCUACACUAACGGCUAUACUCAUACUCCCUCAACCAAUGGCAACAUCCAGUACCCUUCACUCCCAAACGGUCAUGUAAACAACCACCUUCCUUCCAAUGACAAUCGUUUCUAUGGCUACAUCUACGAACCUACAAAUGACGGCUCUAAUGAAGAGGACUACGCCGACGCACGAGAAAUCAUUCGGCCACUCUUGGUUGUCCUGUAUGGUUUGAGACCUUCCAUCGGCUCCAGGGUCAUCAGGGAUAUCAUGGUUAGAUACACCAUAGCGAUGGGUUUGGGUUACACCGACCCGAACAAUCACCGUCGUACGUUGUUGACUACGGCGGCUGUUCACCUUGAGGCUGUAAACGGGUUUGUCGAUCACGAAGGCGUGGAAGAUCUGAGUGAAGAUGUGUGGAUUCGUGAGCCUAACAGCGAAUAUCACAAUGGUGAUAGUCGCGGGAGCGGAAGAAGCACCAACUACAACAGAAACGGGACUGCAAACACCUUCCACAUCAACGCCGGCAUCGUAACGCCAAACAACACCAGUGCCAAUGGCGCUCCCCUCACAAAUGGUCGAACCCACGCCUCCAACGCCUACACUCAAACCCCAUCCCCAGAGCGAGUUACCGCCGAUCCAGAUGACAUCCGACCGCGACCCCGCCUCUCCACCCCCGAAUUGAACGAAGCAAUUGGAGACUGGGGCUCCGUAUCGUACGCCCUCGACGGCCCUAUUCUACGCCUCCGCGCGAUCCGCGCCGAAGGUGGAAUAGAUGAGGAAAUCCCUCUCCGUCCGAAUCAAGCAACGGAAGCUAGAACAAAUGGGUACGCGACGGCGACACAGAUCAUUCCCCCAAGUAUCUAUCUUGGAAAUGACACGAGAAAUUCAUCAGAGUCUUCAACACGCUCUUCCCGGAGCGCAUCCUUAAGCGGAACUACGCUUGUCAACUCCGCCGUCGGAAGUACAAACGGCGACACUGUUCCCACUUCCAACCCGCCUACGAACGGAGAGCUAUCAGAGAGCGUAGAGCUCCACCGUAACGGUGCUUACGAAACCCCUACUGCAACACUUAGGCGGCGUCGCGAUGCGAGGGACAUGAGGAGAGCCGCUAGGGAAAAUUUGCUAGUGGAGAGGGGAAUUGUGGAACAGGAAAGCACGGGAAAUAGUGAAGAGAGUAGUGAAGAUAGUAUGGAUGCGGAGAUUGCGGAAGUGGAGGAGAUGUGGCGGGAGAUUCGUAGACAGAGGGGGACUAUGGAGGAGGAGAUGAUGAGGCAUGUUGCGGCGAGGGAUCGUGCGGCGCAGGCGGGGCAGACGAAUGGGGCGGGAACGAAUGGUGUGGAAACGAAUGGUGGUGAGAGUGAAGCGAGUGAUGAGGUUUCUGGAGGUUCUGGGUCUGAGGCGAGGGAAAGGAGGCCUGAUAGCGAGUAA